CCACUUCCAAAGGGCCAUUUUAAGGGAAUAAUUUGAACGGUGAACGGUAGUAGUGUGCAAACGGCAGAUUGGUUGAGAAGAGUUCAAGGCUUGCAAAGGAUUAGAACAGAAACAGCAGAAUGCAGCAAGUGACACAGUUCAAAACGCUCGCCUACGUCUCGCUGAUGUUGGUCGUGCUUUCGACGGUUAGAUUCUGCCGCGCGGAUGCAGCCGAUAUGGACAGCGUAAGCGAAGUGCGGCACAAGCGAGGACCGACGGUGGGAUUGUUUGCCUUUCCGCGGGUCGGCCGUUCCGAUCCGGACCUGCUGGAAUGGGGUGAUGCAGCAGCCGCCGCCGCCUCGCUACCACUGGAACUGGCAGAUGAUUAUGAAGACUAUCCCAUCCGGGAAUCGAAACGGCAGGGAUUGGUUCCGUUCCCGCGGGUAGGACGUGCCGGAGCCAACCCCGCCCGCUACUACUACUGGCCCAAGACGGUGCAGCAGAAACGUGCUGGCAAUUCCGGUGCCAACAGUGGCAUGUGGUUCGGCCCCAGGCUAGGUAAACGUGCCAACGCGGCAUCCACCGAGAUCAAAGGUAACGAAGUCUACACACCCCGCCUCGGCCGUGACUGGGACGGGGAAACCGGAGACUUGAAUGCCCACGGCAGAAGCAGCAGCAGACUAGUAGACUUUGAGCGCCUUCUCCGAUCAUCGCUAUCGUCGGAGAACUAAAUUAGACUAAACUCAACAUUUUUCUUAUUAGGAUAAUGAUUGAUUAGCAUUGUGAUCAGCUUAUUAAGAAUACAACAAACAACGCUAAAUUGUCCGUCAAAGAUCCAUGAGUACACCAAAUCACACGGAAAAAAGGCUGGAGGAAGCUUGUUCGAGUGCAAACUGCGAUUGAAAUAGUUGCUGAAAACAAGCUUUCUAACUUAUUAAAACCGGUGGAACUUUCACAAACAAUUUUGCGAACCUUGCAAUGCAAUAUGAGUAAAUCUCUCUUUAAACAAAAUAAUAACAACAACAAAAUAAAAUAAAACAGUGUAUUUUGCGGAUGGGAUGUCACACAGCUCAGUUUGUCUCUCUGAAAAUGCAAUGCAAAACAUCUAUGAAUAAAGUGUUCAAAAACCAGUGUUGCUCCUGUUGACAGUUAGAAAGGUUAUCCCCAAACGUUGUAUAUAAGAAGUGAAAAUAUAUUCGCAUUUGUAAAUUAAAAAA